AUGACGACUCUGCUGCUGGAUUCCGACAUUCGCGAUUGGGUGGUGUUGCCACUGUUUGUGAUUAUGAUCGCAGCUGGUCUGCUGCGCCAAAAUGUCGGAGUGCUUUUGAAGGCGGAUCCUCAAAAGUCUAAUUUCAUCCAACAACGAGCCCAGGGGACUGCCCGUCAUGCUUCCAAGCUCAAGUCAGGUGCCUCUCACUACAUCUCUACCUGGCAGUGGCAAAUUCGCCGCAUGCAUUAUGCCAAAUUGUUGCAAGAUACGGCAGAGUGGUGUGAAAGUGAUGAAGCAGAGGCGGCUGGGAAACCCAAGAAAAUGGUCAAGAAGGAAGAUGGUACAUUGGUCGAGGCAGAUGACUCGGGUGCGGCCGACGAUGAUCCCAUGAGCAACAUGAUGAAUCCUCUAUCCAUGAUGAAGGGAAAUAUGGCGUUUAUGGUUCAAAAUAUGGUCAUGAUGCAAGGCAUCCAGCAUUUCUUUUCGGGGUUUAUCCUGCUCAAGGUUCCAUUCCCAUUGACAUUUGGAUUCAAACAAAUGUUCCAACGAGGUUUGUUCGAAUUGCCAACACUGGAUACAUCCUAUGUUUCAUCUGUAUCGUGGUACUUUCUAGUCAUGUUUGGCUUGCGAAGUUUCUUCAAAUUGGCCAUUGGGGAUCCAUCCCAGGAACAGAAAGAACAGCAAAUCGUAAUGACACAACUGGGCUUUUCUCCUGCCAAUCCUGCAGCUACUGGCAGUGGCGGAGAUGCCAAUGCAAAGAUGCUACGCGGAGAAGCCGAAAAUAUUGAAAUGUUCUUGCAGACAACCCACAAGAGCAAGUUGGAUGGGGUGGAAAAACGAUUGCUGGGAAGCCGGUAUCCCAAGAAAGCGGUUGCAUACGGAAGUGCAGCCUCGGCAGCCAAUGAUUUCCUGUUGGGGGCAGCCGGAGUCAGUCGAGGCGGUGGCAAAAAGAAAAAGGCUCAGUAG